ACCGGUGUAUUUGCGUUCAGGUACAGCCGAAUGCAUAUCAUUUCUCGCUAAGAGCUAUCGUACAUCACGGCUCCAUCAUGUCACUGCCGUUAGCUCUCGCCGCUCGCCCGGUCGACGGCGACUAUAAGAGCACGGCGCCGAGCAUGUAAUCCUACCGCACAAGAGAACAAUUCACCAUCAUGCUCCUCAAAUCCUUCGGUCUGCUGCUCGCAGCAGCGAACACCGCCCACUCUCUCACUUCCAACCUGACCCAAAUCUUCGACUUUGGACCCAAUCCUCGCAACGUCACCGGCUACAUCUACGUCCCCGUAAACCUUCCCAAGAACGCUCCAAUCCUCGUCGCGCCGCACUGGUGCCACGGCACCGCACACGAUGUUUUCAACUACCGCUCUUGGGCCUCCGCAGGCGACACGUACGGCUUUAUCUCCAUCUACCCUAACAGUCCCAACGCUGCGGACCAGUGCUGGGACGUCUCGAGCAAGCAGUCACUCACGCACAACGGCGGCGGUGAUGCGCUGGGCAUUGUGUCGAUGGUGAGAUGGGCGAUCAAGAAGUACGAUGCAGACGCGUCUCGAGUGUUUGUUACGGGCACGAGUUCCGGCGCUAUGAUGACGAAUGUGCUGCUCGGAAGCUACCCGGAUGUUUUCGCUGCAGGUAGUGCAUGGGCCGGCGUCGCGUUUGGAUGUUUUGCGGGUGAUGGGUAUGGAGUGUGGAGCGAUGCUUGUGCGACGGGCAAGAUUAUCAAGACUGGGCCUGAGUGGGCGAGGAUUGUUAAGAGUGCGUACCCAGGGUACAAGGGGUUCAGGCCAAAGUUGCAGGUCCUUCAUGGGACUAACGAUACGAUAUUGUAUCCUCAGAAUUUGCAGGAGGAGAUUAAGGAAUGGACGAGUGUGUUUGGGGUCAGUGAUAAGCCUACGAAAGUUACGCCGAAUACUCCGUUGCCGGGCUGGACGAGGUAUCAGUAUGGCACGAGUGGGAAGUUUGAGGCGUAUAGUGCUGAGGGAGUGGAUCAUAACAUUCCUAACCAGGAUGAUUUGGUGAUCAACUACUUCGAUCUGAAGUGCAAGGGCAAGAAGUGCUACUCAAGGCGGAGUGGGUGAACUUCAUGGGUUGUAUGUGCAAUAGAUGAUCAUAAUAAAUCGUAAAUC